UCACGCUGCUGCCAGGUCCACAGUGUCUCAUGGGUCCCUGUACCCCGCCUCCCAUUGCUGCUGUCUCCAACGCCACACUCUGCCAUGUGCCACUUUCAGGUCUCCUCACACUCCUGCUGGGUUCCAUUUUGUCAUAGGAUGCUGGCAGAUUACAGGCCUCCCAUAGCUGCUGCCAGGCCCCUAAUCUGCCAUGGGCCCCUGUACCGCCUCCUCACACUGCUGCAAGGUCCACAGUGUGUCAUGGGUCCCUGUACGGCCUCCCAUUGCUGCUGUCUCCACGCCACACUCUGCCAUGUGCCACUUUCAGGUCUCCUCACACUCCUGCUGGGUUCCAUUUUGUCA